AGCACGUGGGAAGAGCAAGAUGGCUGUCGACCCACAACAUCAACAUAAACCCGGUGCUUUAAAGCAACAAAAUAAAUCUCACAAGCAUGGCAGACACAGAAGUAAAGGCCAGUUAGACCGAGACACUAAAGGUAGAGUAAAUAUAAAGAUUCUUACGAAGAAAAAUAAACAGUUGAUGAAAAAGACGGACAGAAGAAACCAGGCUGUUCAAAAACGAAAACAGAAAAGAGAUGAAGUAUUGGAGAAAAAGCGAAGUAGAGGUGGAUAUGGAACGCCUCCCCAUUUUGUGGUUAUUCUUGCAUUGCACAAAAAUGUUAAUCCAACAUCUGCACUAAACCUUCUAAAGCAGUGUGACGAGGAAGCAGUUGUUUUACAGAAUGAACAGGGACUCACACACAUUAGCGUCCCUAGAUUCAAACAAAGAGCUUCUUUUUUCAUACCUGAAUAUGGAAACCUGACUGCUUUGUUGGAUGCUGUCAAGAUUGCUGACUCGUUGCUCUGUGUUUUGUCUCCUGAAGAAGGGAUCGACUCAGCUGGUGAAUUUUGUCUCAGUUGUUUGUGUGGACAGGGAAUUCCAUCUGCCUCAUUUGUAUGUCAGGGCUUCAAGAAUUUGUCACUGAAAAAACAAACUGAGGCUCGGAAGUUUAUCCAAAGAAAAUUAGAAAAAAGGUUUCCAACUGACAAGUUUCAUUCACUUGACACAUCCCAGGAUGCUUUGCUUAUUAUGCGACAAAUUACCAAUCAGAAGCUACGUACUAUUUACUACAGAGAGCACCGACCCAAUCUAGUUGGAGAGAAAAUCAGUUUUGAAAUGGAUGGUGCAGAUAAUGAUUUUGGCACCCUAAAAGUGACUGGAUAUUUACGUGGACGUACACUGUCUGUGAAUAGACUGGUUCAUCUUCCUGGUUGGGGUGACUUUCAGCUGACACAGAUAGACGCACCCUCAGAUCCAUAUCCUCUGUAUUCAAAGACAGAAAAACACAAGAGGAAAAAUAGUGCAGGAGAGGAUGUUGACAUGGAGGAGGAAGGUGAUAGUGAUGUCCGAGUGCUCGACAAAGCCGACCCGUCUCAUCAAGAAUCUCUUCAGACAGAAGUCAUCCCUGAUCCACUAGCUGGGGAACAAACGUGGCCCACUGAGGAAGAACUUGCAGAUGCUGAAAGAGAAGCCAAGAAGAAGGUCACAAAGAUUGUACCAAAAGGUACUUCAGAAUAUCAAGCAGCGUGGAUUAUUGACAGUGGGGAUGAAUCGAAUGAUGAUGGCAGUGAUGAGGGUUCAGAUGAUGAGAUGGAGGCUGAUAUGCAGGAAGCAGAGGUCGGUGACUCCGAUGAGGAGAGCCAGUCUGACACGGAAGAAGAUAACGAAGAAUUUGACACGAUGACAAUAACUGAAGGUGAUGAUGCAGCAAAAUAUGAUGCAGACAUGGAUUUGGAUGAAGAGCACAGAAUGUUAGAUAAGCUGAAAGAAGAAAAAAUGAAUCAGAUGUUUCCGGAUGAAGUUGACACACCAGUACAUAUGCCUGCUAGACAGCGAUUUGCAAGAUAUCGUGGUUUAAAAAGUUACAGAACAUCACCAUGGGACCCAAAAGAAAACCUUCCUAGUGACUAUGCCAGGAUAUUUCAGUUUGAAAAUUUCCAAAGAACUAAAAAACGAUGUUUGUUAGAAGAGCCUGAGGAUGGUGCACUUGCUGGUUGGUUUAUUACUGUGCAUGUUGCAAAAGUUCCAAGAACUUUUAUGGAAAGUUACAAGCCUGGAACUCCUGUGGUCUUGUUUGGUUUGCUCCCACAUGAACAAAAAAUGUCUGUGCUUCACUUUGUCAUCAAGAAGGUACCGGACGUUACAGAGCCAGUCAAGUCAAAGGAACGCUUGAUAUUCCAUGUGGGAUAUCGACGGUUCUCUGCAUGUCCAGUCUUCUCACAGCACACAACUGGCAACAAACAUAAGUUUGAGCGUUUCCUCCCCACUGAUGCUGCAGCUGUUGCUACAGUGUAUGGCCCAGUGAUGUUCCCUCCAGCUCCUGUGAUUGUUUUCAAAGAGACAUCAGAUGGUGUUCAUCAGCUGAUUGCCAAGGGUUCUUUGUUAUCGGUGAAUCCUGGUAGAAUUGUCGUCAAGCGAAUUGUCCUCAGUGGUUAUCCAUGUAAAAUCUUGAAAAGAUCAGCAGUCAUCAGAUACAUGUUUUUUGACAGAGAGGAUAUUUUGUGGUUUAAACCAGUUGAACUGAGAACCAAAUGGGGAAGAAGAGGACACAUCAAGGAACCUUUAGGAACUCAUGGUCACAUGAAGUGCGUGUUUGAUGGCAGUCUGAAAUCACAGGACACAAUUUUAAUGAAUCUUUACAAACGCAUGUAUCCGAAAUGGACAUACAACUCGUAUGUUCCCAACCCUCCCGCCAUCAGGGAGUAUUCAGACACGACACACAACAUGGAAGAGGAAGAAGGUGAAGCCUACAAGAUUUUUGACAUGUGAAUCCUCUGAAUAUAAAUAAUAUAUUUAUGUAAAUACAUGUACAUUGGAGAAGUAAUGUGAUGAUUUGUGGACAGAUGGAUCGGAACGUGAUGAAUGUUGCUAAAAUAUUGUACAAUUACAAUGUAAUAAAAAAGUAAAAUGUAUUUAUGACCUAU